CCUGAACACUGUAAAGAUGGAUUCCAUGUGGGUAACGUCAGCUAUACUGACAUGGAUCCUCAUGACUGCAUCAGCGGACUCGAAUUCUGGAGAAGUUAUCACCACCAAAUACGGAUCUUUUCGAGGCAGACAAGUCCCGAAACCGAAAGACAGGAUGCGUCCAGUGAACAAAUAUCUGGGAAUCCCGUACGCCAAACCACCGGUGGGUAACCUGCGAUUCAGACCGCCACAGGAACCAGAAGCUUGGGACAAGGAUAAGGUGAGAGACUUCACCAAGUUUGGUCCCGCCUGUCCGCAGAUUGUGACAUCAGGGGACACCGACCUGCCGUCAGCGGUACAAACCAGGGAAGCCAUGCGGCCGUUCUUGGAGACGAUGGACGAAGAUUGUCUGUACCUGAACAUCUACAGUCCUGUUAUCAACGGUGAUGGUCUUGAUGAGAUGUACCCGUUAGCAGUCCUGGUGUUCAUCCACGGCGGAGGCUACACAUCCGGUACCGGUAACGCUUACGACGGGACCGUCCUGGCCAGCCAUGGUGCCGUAGUGGUGGUCACCAUCAACUACAGACUAGGAGUGUUAGGAUUUCUGAGCAUGGGCGACGAAUUUGCAUCUGGUAACUACGGACUUCUGGAUCAGAUCGCAGCUCUUGAUUGGAUCAGUGAGAACAUCAGGCACUUUGGAGGGGACCCGACCAAAGUUACGCUUGUAGGGUUUGGUUCUGGAGCGUCGUGUGUUAAUUUGCUGGCUCUGUCUCCUAAAGCUGCAGGAAAGUUUCGCCGUGCCAUCAUUCAGAGUGGAUCGGCUCUAGGCACCAGCGCCCUUGCUGAAGACUCGCGGCACUACGCGACAAUGCUGGCUGAGAAACUAGACUGUUGCCGACCAGACGCCGCUCAAACAGUCCAAUGUCUCCGGAACAAACCUUACCAAGACCUGCUACUGAAGAACAUGACACCGCCAUCUUCCAGUUACUACCCCAUGUUCGGUCCGUCUGUGGAUGGUGUGGUUGUUCCCAAUCAACCUCGAAGACUACUUGAAGGCGACCUGUUCAGGAGCUAUGACUUCAUGGUUGGGCUUUCAGAAGAGGAUGGAUAUAAGUAUAUUCCCAGCAUUGCUGUGAUAGAAAACGGUCUAUCUGAUGAUGAAUAUAGGGACCUGAUCAGUGACUUUGUUAACCAGGUGUUUCCAUACAGAGAAAAUGAGAUCCAAGACGCCAUACUGUUUCUCUACACAAACUGGGGGAACGACACGAAUGAAACUAGAAGAGCCGGUGUUGUGCGCAUGCUGACGGAACAACAGAUCGCAGUGCCGAUUGUUGAGGUGGCAAAUCUCCACUCUACCAAGAACACAGAGAGUUCGACAUACAUGUAUUCUUACAGCUACAAAGCCAUCAACACACCGAACCCCAAGUGGGUAGGAGCAGUACAUGGGGACGAGCUGCCGUUUGUUUUUGGGGCUCCCGUCGCCCCUCGAGGGAUCUUCCAGCAGCUGAAUUUCACUAAAGGUGAAUCUAUGAUGAGCGUCGCCAUGAUGACAUACUGGAGUAAUUUUGCGAAAACUGGAGACCCUCAAAAGCCCAGACUGCAAACCACAACUUUCCUCCACGAAAGGCCAAACAGAUUUGAGAGCAUCCAAUGGGCACAAUACAGUGUAGACAACUGCAGCCGAUGUCAAGAGACGUUCCUGUACUUGGGAAUGAAACCUCGGGUGGUGGAAGGUUUUCGGCCGCAGCGCAUCGCGUUCUGGAUCGAGCUUGUCCCAAAGCUUCUCUAUCCACAGGAAGUUCCCAGCAGCAACUAUCUUUACCCUCCGGAUGAUGCAGACGAGUUGUGUCAAAUUCUCGACAUUGGACAGGCCAUUCUAACGGGAGGCGGCCUCGCUGUACGCCGUCCAGAUGGUUGGACAAAGCCGUCAGUUGGCGUGUCGGGCUCCAGCACAACGUGUGUUUCUAUAUUACCUACUUCAGCUUCUCCGAGCCAAGGUCCGAGAAAUACUGUUCCUGGACUUACAGGGGAAUGGCGGCCAGAAUCUGCCGGCUCGAACAUCAGUAGUCAGGACAAGGGACAAAACUACUCUGAACUCAGCAUCGUGAUUGCAGUAGGGACGUCGUUACUGGUCGUUAACGUCAUCGUCUUUGCUGUCUGCUACAACAGAGGGAGAGCGCGCACAAAAAGGCUGGAGGAGGUGGAAACUCGCGAGAGAAUCAGGUUAAAGGUUACAGACAUGCGGGAGAUGUUGAAGGCCUAUGAGAUCGCAGAAAGCUGUGGAGCAAGUCCUUGUGGAACAAUGGAACUCAUUGAAAUGAAAGAUCAAAGAAUAGAAAACUGUGCCAAACUUCAAGAUAAGGGAGUAUCAGUGACGAAGACUCUUGUAGUAUGAUGUAACUUUUUGCUACAUGUUCUAUCGAUAUAUCGAUUUUGAUAUUUUCAAGUGCAUUGUCUUGCGUGUGGCAUUGCUUUUUUUGUAAUGCCUAUUGCAAAAUACGUGAUCAAGAUGCCAACUUUUGUAAAUAACUUGCUGAAGACGCUGCUCGUGAAGUUUGUCAGAGUGCCAAUUGCAAAUGCAGGUUUAUGUAUGUAUAUAUACGACAGGAAGAGACUUUUGUAUGCCAUACAGGAACAGUCUCAGGAAACAUGGGCACUCCGGGUCUGCUGCUCAAGCAUCAAGUGGAGGAAUUAAAAUAUAUGAUAUGUGCAACGCAUCCUCUUAAGUUCAAUAUUAGUUUUAAAUGAUGAAUACUGUUUGUCCAUCAUCAACCACCAUUAGGUUAAAGAAAAAAACAACUCUCACUUUAGACGAAACGGAGAG